UUCCUGCGUCGCACCCGGAAGCGUCCGGGCUGUGGCUGUGGGGAUGGUCGCCCCUUAUUCCCCCGCCGCCACCCCCGGCCCGGAGGGGCGGCCGGAGCUGGUGGGCCCUGCGGAGGGCGCCGACGCGCUGUUCGUGGUGCUGGGCGCCGGCUUCACGGCGCUGAGCCACCCGCUGCUGUACGUCAAGCUGCUGGUGCAGGUGGGACAUGAGCCUCUACCUCCAACCCUUGGGAGAAAUGUACUGGGAAGAAAAGUGUUGUACCUACCUGGCUUUUUCACUUAUGCCAGACACAUAGUCAAAGUGGAUGGGAAAACAGGACUCUUCCGUGGUCUUACGCCUCGAAUUCUCUCUAGCACUUUAUCCACAAUCACCCGGGGGAGUGUGAAGAAGGCCUUUCCUUUGGAGGACAUGGAGCAUGUUUCUAACAAGGAUGAUAUGAAGACUUCCCUCAGGAAAGUGGUGAAAGAGACCUCUCACGAGAUGCUGAUGCAGUGCAUGUCCCGUGUUAUUUCUCACCCCUUACAUGUAAUCUCUAUGCGCUGUAUGGUCCAGUUUGUAGGCCGGGAAGUCAAAUACAGUGGUGUGUUUAGCUCCAUCAGCAGGAUUUUUAAAGAAGAAGGCAUCCUGGGAUUCUUCGUUGGCUUAGUCCCUCACCUCCUGGGGGAUGUCGUCUUCUUGUGGUGCUGUAACCUGCUGGCUCACUUUAUCAACACCUAUGCAGUGGAUGACAACUUCAGCCAAGCCUCUGUGAUCCGGAGCUACACAAAGUUUGUGAUGGGGAUUGCCGUGAGCAUGCUGACGUAUCCCUUCCUUCUAGUGGGAGAUCUCAUGGCAGUGAACAAUUGUGGGUUACGUGCUGGCCUCCCUCCUUACUCUCCUGUGUUUACAUCAUGGAUUCAUUGUUGGAGACACCUCAGUGCUCAGGGGCAGCUGUUCCGAGGCUCCAGCCUGCUCUUCCGCAGAGUGUCUGCAGCAGCAAGUUUCCCCAUUGACUAACUCCUCCAUUCAGUUCAGGACCUCGGCUGGGAGAAGUGGACAAACAUGGACUCUUUUUUUU